AUGGGCAGGACCAAAGUCAGAGACACGCGCCAUGCCAUGGGAUCCGGCAGUAGUCUGCUGACGCUAAGACGCAAACUGACCAGUCUGUCGGCACAACUAGCGGACUUAUCCUCUGCGCCGGUUCCGCAUGCUUCGACCGUGGACCUCGCUACUGCAAAAAAACAAAUCCAGCUCCUAAAACGCAGCGUCGGCUCCAUAUCACGCCAUAUUACCAAGCUUUCCAAGGCAAUCGAACAAGAGCAGCGCCGGCGCAACCGCCUUCCCACCGGCGAUUCCCCAACCGUAGACACGACGCCAAACGAAGAACCGUCUUGUCCUGGUCUCUACAAUGGAACCGUCACGUUUGGCCUCGGGCAGAGCGAUCGUCGGCUCGUGCCGGCCAUUUACGAAAUGCUCGACGACUUCCCAGAUUGCAACGAGCUCGGCUACUGCAAGGUCCGCGUCGGCGAAGAUGUCAUACGAACCGUCGACCGCGACAGGAUAGGUUCUUACACUGUCAAAGAGCUGGACGGUUGCCAAUCCGCCGCCGUGGCAAUCGAGGAAUGGGGCGGCCGGGAUGAGCUUGUUGGAUUGGUAUGCUCCCUCUUCAUCGCCAACAGCGAAGAAGAGACGCCCAUUUCAAGCUUCGAUUUUCGAGACAUGCAAGCCGCCGAGGCAGAAGCAGGGAGCGUACAUCUGGACGGACGCGCCUUGUUCUGUUCCACUGUCGAGGCUGCCGCCGAGGGCAGCCACAAGCCGUAUCUUGUCAUCCCGACCGACUGUACCUCCGAUUGGAGACUAUCUGCAGGCCUGCCGGCAGAACCGUAUGUGCACUGCGGCAGCCGGCUGGCACGCACUGCAGGCAAGGUUGCGGGCGUCCAUACACCGUACGAAUACAUCAGCUCGGCUGCGUCCUCCGCUACUGGCAUGCAUGUCGAGGAUGCCUUGUUGGGGUCUAUCAAUAUCCUCUUUACCGGAGCACCCAAGGUCUGGCUCAUAGUUCCGCCGAGUGCUCUUGGGUUGCUCGAGGCCAAGGUAAAAAAGGCCCUGACGGACCCGCUACGCUUUGCACGUCCUUGCUCCCAAUUUGUCCGCCAUAUGGACGCCCUGCUGUCGCCGAGGCUGCUUGAGGAAUGGAAGGUGCCCUACCAUAUUGUUACAUGCCGAGCCGGAGAGAUGGUCGUAACACUGCCCGGAGCCUAUCACCAGGUCGCCAAUGCCGGACCCAACUAUGCUCAGGCAAUCAACUUUGCACCGCCAGGCUGGUCGGGGCCGCCUGAGGGCUACAGUUUCUGUGGGCCGAACUGUCCGCUGUGGGACCCACCCACCGCCGCACACUUUCGGUUCCAGGAAGGAGAGGACGAAAGUGAGGAGGCACAGAAAGACCAUCGACAUGAACGUGUUGCAGACGGAGUCAGAGAUGACAUCCAAGUGGGAUCAAAAGAUGAAGUAGCAAUGUGUUCAGAGAAGUACAGUGGACCAAAUGCGGUACGCAAGCCAGAAGACGAUUUCGAUUCUUGGACUUCCCUGGACCAUACGAUGGCUCCGGCCGUUCUCCACACCUCUCGAACGUUGUCUCAGCUCAUGGUAAAUAACUUAAAAAACCCUCGAAAACGUCCAUCCACUUUCACCGCCGAUGUUCGCGAAAGUGAUAGCGACGUCAGCGGGAGUGAAGACUUCGGGAGUUCGUCUGUCGAAUUCCAAGCCGUAGGAUUGCCCGGUCAGUGUGCGACGUUAUCUCACUCACCCGACGUCUCAACGCCACUUGAGAUUGACCAUUGGAGAGAAAGCGUUUCUCAGGCUGCACGUGCUGGCGGAUUUUGUGUCGAUGGAGUCCUUCAGGCUCUCCGAAACGCACCCAAUGACCAGUCCUGCAUUAAAGUGUUGAGAACGUUGCAGUGCAUCUGCGAGAUUGCCAACAUACCAUUACUCCUGCAAAUCAAGUCACACCUCCAGACACCCGGCAAAGCUUCAUACAGGAACACCAAGGAUGGACGUUUUUGCCAAGGUGUCCGUGGGCUAGUACAUCUCCAUCAAAACAUCAGCACCCUCCAAGCUGUAUCUUUCUUGACCUGUUACCAAAUUGCUGCACAAAAGAUGGAGUACUUCCAGCUUUUCGAAGCAGUAGUCGCGCAAAGGAAGGCUGCAACGAAACUGGCAUCGGAUGAACGAAGAAAUCUCAAGAAACGACAGAGCAGAGGAACGUCGACUCCAGCGUGCACAAGCCCGCUCCGCCCCGUCCAAGUUCGAGCUAUUGUAAAGAACGAGAUCUUACGCUCUAUGGAGCAAGACGAAAACAGUCGUCACGCAGCCAAGGGAGAUCUAGAAGCGUACCUUAAACACGGAAGGAUCUUUCACCUGCUUCUCGGUUCCGCUAGUCCUAGCCUCCUCGUACUGUUACCACUGUACGAUCUCGCCGAAAAGGCUCCCUCGCUCGAUCUUUCGGCAUUCUGCCCUCCAGGUAAGGGGUCAGAGAAAUACAAAAGAGACCUGGCUGCGCCGAUCGGCUCCUCGUGUUUGCUCAAAGCAAGUUUCGCUCUAGCAACAUACUUUGGCAAACAACUUUUCGUUGCCCGUCCUGAGCUCGAGGAGUACUGGCAUGGCGAUCAAGGCUCUUCCGCGGAAGAACCAAGUCCAAUGUUGUUGAACAUUUCAGAGCAAGAGAUGAUGAUGACGAAGCCAACUGAAGUCUCACGCUUGUUCAGACGAGGCUAA